AUGGCUUUCGUCGCUACUCUCGCUCGUCGAGCCUCCUCCAAGGCAGGCCAAGUGGCAGCCAACAACACCCCGGCACCAUUGAAGAAGGGCGCCAGACGAGAUCCUGAGCUCUACAUCUUGGGAGGUAUCAUGGUCGGCGCUUUUGCUCUCGCUGGAUUUUACUUCGGCCGCAAGCCUACCUCCGCAACCUCAGAAGCCGACGUUUCGGUUGCCAACAGCUCCAUGCCCUGGGAAGUCGCUCAUGGAGAAGGGGAAGACUCAAAAGACUUCAAAUACCAGUACCACCCGAAGGGAGACCGAAGCCAAGCUCCCAAGAAUGCACCCAGUGCUUUGAACACAGUCAUCAUUCCCGACGUGACGCUACCCAAGGUCCGCCGCUCCGACCCGCUCUUCUCGCAGUUACAAGCCCUAGCUAACGGCCUUAUAGGCGGUGCAUGA